GUGUGUUUGUGUGUUUGCAUACAUGUAAAUGCAAAUGUAUGAGGUUUUUUAAGAUUAGAUGAUUUAAUGUAAAACAAUUAUAAUUUACAGAAUCUCAAAGACAUUUUGCAAGUGUGAAAGCCUCUAUCGACGACAGAUGCACAAGGUUCCGACAGCCUCUUUCCAAGAAACAACUUGACUAUUUCUACAAACGCGCCGUCGUAGAUGAUAAUCACAAAGUCAUCUACUGCCCUGUCUGGAAGUCAGGCUCGACCUCUUGGAGAGCAGUUAUGCAUGUACUGAAAGGCUCAUUCAAGACUCUCGACGAUGCCGUCAAAUCUGUUCGUUGGAUUAAAGGCUUGACAACACUGAAAUCGUACAAGAACAGAUCAGAAAUCGAACUCAGACUCAGAACUUACAAAAAGUUUAUGGCUUACAGAGAGCCACUCAAUCGUUUCGCAGCAGACUACAUAAUGUUAAAAAGGAGGGGUAAAGGUUACGAACAACAAAGUCGCAGUGUAGUAGAAUACGUUAACUCUGUGAGAGAGAGUCGCGAUCCCAAAGUUCCGUGGCAAAAUAUGAGCAUCUGGGACUUUGCCAAGUUUGUGUCUCGUUUCGGUAACGAGACAACGAAAAUGAUUAAAUUAAAUCACCAGUGGAUACCACAGAAUAUGGCAUGUUAUCCGUGUCACAUCAACUACGAUUAUUACAUUGAUAUGGAGAGUUCAACCGUUAACAGAGACAGUCGCUACCUUUUGAUGAUUCUAGGUGCGCCACAUUGGUUGAAGAUGCCUCACGUCAAUCCUACGACUAAAGACAAAACUCCAUAUUUGACGCAACUUUCUGAGCCGUUGCACAAUCGACUAGUAUCUGUUUACUACAAUGACUACGAGAUUUUUGGUUUUAAGAAACCAGAACACAGUAGCAUGAAACCCUAGAUGUGUAAAUUUCAAUCAGUCUAUAGGAUUUUCAGUAUGUUUAGGACUUAUUUGCAUGCUAUUUAACUUCGCUACAAGUAUCUUAGACAUCCGUACUUAUAACAUAGGGUAGGUAAUCUAUUUGCGAGAAAACAAUUGU